UCAAACCUAUUUGUUUCUUAUAAUCCCUCUCUGGGUUUGCAGUUAGGCCCCUUAUGGGUGCAGCUUUGUCUUCAUGCAGAGGUCAUUUGAUGAAGGGUGAUGGGAAACAAAUUAUUGGAUUGAAAAAACAAAUUCUGGCCACACAUGCUUCAGCUCUCGAAGAUCUUGACAUGAAGCCCAUUCUUUCCAUCAUAGAUGAUAUCCUUCUUCGCGCCAAAUCUCUUGAAAUCAUGGAUGGAGAUCAAGUUUCAGUACAUUCAGAAUCGUCCGAGGAGAAGUCCUUCCAAAGUGCUUACCAUUACACGGAUAUGGAUAAAAGGUUGGCUAAUACCAUAAACAAAAUUACGACUGAGAUAAUUUGCAAAUGUUCCGCUGGAGGAGAAGCACAUUCUGUAACCAUUGCACUCCUUGAGACACUGUCAAACUACGGGUGGGAUGCCAAGGCGGUCAUUACGUUUGCAGCUUUUUCUAUCAGCUAUGGUGAAUUUUGGUUGGUCAAGAACCUUCGCGCGAAAAAUCAGCUUGCCAAGGAUAUUGCAGCUCUGAAGUAUAUACCAGAAACAAUGGAGCACAAAGAAGAAAUGAAAAAGAAGUUUCAAGCUGUUGUCAAUCCUUCAAGUGCUGUACUGACCGUGAUUCACAUCAUUAUAAAGUUCAAGGAGCUCUCCACUAAAUACGUUAACCGGGAUUCACCAGAAAUGGUAACUGCGACUGCUCACAUUCCGAUGACUGUUUAUUGGAUAAUAAGGAGCAUUUUGGCCUGUGCGCCAAUACUCGUGAACCUUGAUGCCAGUGGUCAUGAGUUCAUUACCUCAAGUACUGAGUCCUUGGAGAUAUCAAGUCUAGCUAAAAAGCUCUCCCACAUAUCUCAGCCCCUGCAGGAUCAACUGAAGAAAUUGAAUGAUUCUAUUGAUGGACAGAAGGAAGAAAAGUAUAUUAUUGAAUAUUUGACGAUUGCUAGUACAUCUGAAGACAAGGAGGAAGAAAAGCAUUUUGAAUUUCAUAUCGACAAGGACAACAUGAAGAUAUUGAAGAUGAUUAUUUGUGCCGGAGAAAAGCAAAUGCCAAUCUUUGAUGGGACUAGACGGAUAAAUGAUCGUCUCGAGAUAUUGAGAAUGAAGUAUGUCCUGCUACUAGUUUCCGAUCUUGACCUUCCCCAUGAAGAGCUUAACAUUCUCAGUCUAAUUUACAACCAACAGUCGAUGAGGUACGAGUACAAAGUUCUUUGGUUACCCAUUGUUGACCAUGCAACGUCAAUGAGCCCAACACAGGAGAGACAAUUUCUCGAUCUUCGUAGCUCUAUGCCGUGGUAUUCUGUGGAUCAUCCUUCCUUGGUUAAUCCGAGAGCCAUUACGUAUGCCCGGGAGAGUUGGAAUUUCAACCACAUGCCCAUUCUUGUUGUCUUGGAUCCGCAAGGAAUAGUGAUGAACGUCAAUGCUUUACCCAUUAUGUGGAUUUGGGGAAGCGUUGCCUUCCCUUUCACUAAAGAAAGGGAAUUGGGACUAUGGAGAGGGAGUGCCUGGGAUAUCGAGUUACUAGUAGACUCCAUUGAUCCACGUAUCCAGGAAUGGAUAAAGGAUGGCAAAACUAUAUGCUUGUAUGGUGGAGAGGACAUUGACUGGAUUUGGAGAUUCACAACUACUGUGCAAAACAUUGCAAACACAUUGCGAGUCCCCUUGGAAAUUAUUUAUGUGGGAAAAAGCAAUCCGAAUGACAAAGUAAAAAGAUGCCAUGAAAUCAUUGACAGGGAGAAACUUAGCCACAUUUUUCCAUUGAAGGACUAUUAUGAUUAUGUUUGGUACUUCUGGGUGAGGCUGGCGAGCAUGUGGAACUCCAAAAUUCAACAUGGCAUGACCGUUGAGACUGAUAAAAUAAUGCAGGAAAUCUUUACAAUGCUAAUGUACGACCGCAGUGAACAAGGAUGGGCUGUUUUCAGUAGGGGCAUUUUUGACAUGACUAAAGGAAAAGGUGACAUUUUGCUUACAGUUCUCGACAACUUUAGACAAUGGCAAGAAAAAGUGGAUCACCCCGAUAAGUUUGUGCCUGUACUGGACGCGGAGAUCAGUGGUGUCCACCUCGAACACCACUGCAUUCAUCUCAUUCUGCCGGGGCAAACUGGAUACAUUCCAGAGAGGGUGGUUUGCUCCGAAUGUGGACGUACCAUGGACAAGUAUGUCAUGUACCGCUGCUGCACCGACUAAUCUGCGCUACUAUUAUUACUACUAUUAUUAAGGCUUUUGCUGCCAUUAUAUAUUUCAAAAUAAACUUUUAUCUUCUAUAUUUUCAUGGCUUUUCCUUCUCAACCUAGAUGAUAUGUUGCUUGUAAGAGAAAGUGAAUAAAAGUGUGGAACUCUUUAUGAAAGAAUUUGAAAUUAAGCUUGGGAAUUCAAGCAUA